UUUUUUUCUUGUCGUUGCUAGGGCGACAUCUAUGGCGACUGCCCAGUGAACUACGUCAUCAGCGAGGUGGAGGAAGGUCACGUGGUCGGGAUGAACGUCACCAAGCACGUGUCCAAGUGCCAGCACCCCAAUGACGCAAUGACGCACAAGAUCUCUGAGAAGCAGUCCGGCGCUCACCAGACCUGCAGGUCCGACAUGACGCACGACUCCGUGAUCGAGCGCGUGGUCUGCAAGGACGUCCGUCACGUGCGCGAGGACAAGAUGAUCGAGACGCACCGCAUCCUGGUCCUGCAGCACGUCCGGCCGCUGAAGGCCAGCGAGCCGCAGUACCGCUUCGACAUCGAGGAGGGCAAGGAGACGUCCCUGACGUACGAGGCGGAGGGCGAGCAGGUGGAUGAUCUGGAGGAGAGCUCUCUCCGCGGCGGGCUGGAAGCUAAGAGCCCCUGCAAGCCUGUCCGCUGUAAGAUGUUCUGCAAGUACGGCUUCAGGACCGACAAGCGCGGCUGUGAGAUCUGCGAGUGCGCCAAGGAAGGUGAAGGCUCCUGCACCGAUGCUGACGGCAUCACCCGUCAGAACGGGGACAAGUGGAGGCCGUCCUUUGACGAGGACUGGUGUAACAGCUGUACCUGUGAGAACGGCAAGGAGGCGUGCAUGGCCGUCGUCUGCGCCAGGCCCGACUGCGGCAACGAGGUGCCCGUCAAGAAGGAGGGCCAGUGCUGCCCCGUCUGUCCAGUUGAUGAGAAGCCAGAGAAGCCCGGCGACAUCAAAGAGCCCACCUGCAGCACCAAGGAGGGCAAGACUUACAAGGAUGGCGAGAUGUGGGAGGAGGCGGACUGUACCAAGUGCAUGUGUAUGGAGGGGGAGGCAGUGUGCACGUCCGUGCUGUGCGAGGUGCCUGACUGCGGGGAGGGCGUCGAGCCCAUCACGAAGGAAGGGGACUGCUGCCCCACAUGCCCUGAAGUGGAGAAGUGCACGAGCGAUGACGGGAAGGAGUACGUGACCGGAGAGACCUGGGAGCAGGACGGCAGCUGCACUACAUGCAGGUGCGAGGCCGGCAAGCCCCUGUGCAUGACGAUGAUGUGCGACUGGCCGGAGUGUGAGGACGGUGUAGAGCCGGUGACGGAGGAGGGGGAGUGCUGCCCGUCAUGCCCCGGGGCCGGUGAGGAGUAACUCGUCCUUGCCUUCAGCGCAGCAGAAUCAGCUUUUGCUUAAAACCGCAAGGAAAAACACUACUAACUGUCUCACAUCGAUAUAUCUUAGGACAAACGCUUACUGUUAUAAGACAGCCCGUGGUUUGAAGUGCGCAUGUGCAGCGUGAUGCAUUAUAGGUAAUAUUUCAAUGGCAAUCCUUCGUGAAUUUCAAGGAGCCUUCAACUCUGACAUAUACCCCACAAUGCAAUACAGUGCACAUGCGUGCUUCAAUCCGUUUUUCUAAGACGACAGUAUAUAGGAUCAUAUGAUGAGUUGGAUAGAGUGCUACGUACAGAACUGUCGUUUGCUUUUUGUAACGUUUCUGCUUUAAAGGCAGUGGUUGAAUAGUGAAGAAUAUUUCAGAUGUAACACAUGUCGCAAAGUAAUUCCUAGGCAAUAUAAUACUUCAUAACAAGAUCAAAUCCUUUUGUAUUCUUUUCAAGUACACAACGCAAGCGUUUAACCAUAAACACUGGUUGAUAGAGCAGAAUCAAAACGAUAUAUGAUUUCUUCUCCUUCAUUUGACAAAUAAAGUUUGGCAUACAAGAA